CGCAGACUCGGAACAGUGUUGGUAUUUCAACUGCCAGGCUUGGUCACUGUUGAAGGUAACAGUAAAAUAUAAAGGAAGUAUCGGCGUUUUUACUUUUCAUUUACAGGAACAGCGCGAUUAUUACAAUUAAUACAAAACGGUCCGUUCACACUUAAAAUACAUUUGGAUAUAACGUGUUGUUUGGCGGUCUAAAACUCUUGAGCCGGGGUGACUGAAGUGAUGCAACAUGGCAGCAGCUGCUGUCAAUAGGUGUUUUCUCUCAGCACUGAGGACACACAGUCGGUGUCCGAGCCGUGGACUUAACUCUUUGGCGGAGAGGACAGUCAGCCGGUUGUCCUCCGUUGUUAUAUGUAACCACAGGGGAGCUGAAGGAGACACAAGCCUGGACAGGAGGGCUGCUGGGUGGGACAGGAAAAGCGGUGGGAGCAGCUUCAGCAGGUCUCCUCUGCUCAGGUCAGUGUCGGUGGGUCUGGGACUCUGUGGUGUGGCGCUUCUGGACAGUCAAAAAGACGAAAAAGAAAACAACAGAAGAGUCUUAGUGCCCGGACGGUUUCUUGAACACAUCCUCCCAUCAGCCCAGUGUGCUUCUCCCUUUAAACCGGACAGCCCCCGAUAUAAAUACAACUUUAUUGCAGAUGUGGUCGAGAAGUCCACUCCAGCUGUCGUGUACAUUGAAAUUGUGGGCAGACACCCAUUUUCAGGAAGAGAAGUCCCAGUGUCCAAUGGCUCGGGUUUCAUUAUCAGCAGUGAUGGUCUCAUCGUCACCAAUGCCCAUGUUGUGGCCAACAAAAGAGGUGUCCGUGUGAAGCUCACCAACGGAGAGACUUACCAUGCCACUGUGCAGGAUGUUGAUCCAGCGGCAGACAUAGCCACCAUCAAAAUCACUGCAAACAAUCCUUUACCCACGCUCAACCUUGGUCGGUCGUCUGACGUUCGACAAGGAGAGUUUGUGGUCGCCAUGGGAAGCCCGUUCGCUUUACGGAACACAAUCACAUCAGGAAUCGUCAGCUCAGUACAGAGAGGCAGUAAGGAACUGGGCCUGUCCAACUCCAACAUGGAGUACAUACAGACGGAUGCUACCAUCGAUUUUGGAAAUUCUGGAGGUCCCUUGAUUAACUUGGAUGGUGAAGUCAUUGGUAUAAACACCAUGAAAGUCACUGCAGGGAUCUCCUUUGCUAUUCCAUCCGAUCACCUGAGAGUUUUUCUGGAUCAAGCCUCAAAAAGAAAGAAUCCCUGGUCUGGUGAGUCAAAGCGGCGGUACAUCGGUGUAAUGAUGCUGACACUAACACCGAGCAUCAUUGCUGAGUUGAAGUUAAAAGAUCCAUCCUUCCCAGACGUGACACAUGGGAUCCUGAUUCACAGAGUCAUUAUGGGCUCCCCAGCCAACAGAGCUGGCAUGCAACCAGGCGACGUCGUGGUGGAGAUAAAUGGGAUGAAGGUGAACACUUCAGAGGAGAUCUACCAGGCCAUCCGCAGCAGCGACAAAAUCACCAUGGUGGUGCAGAGGGGGAACCAGUUGCUUCGACUCCAAAUGACCCCUGAGUACACAGAGUGACAUUAAUUUCAUUCUGUAAACACUUGUUGACUUGAUAAACAGACCAUCACAUGAUUAGCUCAUGUUUGCAAGAGAAAAAAAAAACAGUGAAAGCCGAUAAUGACAGAGACCGGCAAAUGAAAAUGUGUUUGACUGUGUUCCAGACUUUGAAUAUUUUGUUGUUACUGUAAAGGAAAUCACAACUGUGAGACUGCAAAAUCAGCUUGAAGUAAAAAAAAAAAAAAAAGUUUUGUAGCCAUAUUUAUCAGAUCAAGUAUUAUCUGUCUCCUCUACAUGGCCAAUGGCUUUUAACUACACCACAAUUUCAGUGUCAUUUCUCAAAUGCAAACUGUUUGAAUCG